UUAUAAAAUUAAAUAUCUUAACAACGUAAUUAUUGUCCAGAAGUUGUUUUGUGGAAAGGUUUGGGCGGGUGGGCGGCCGGCUCAUGUCCGUCGGCCCAGAGACGUCCUUCCCCCUACAACACUGACUGACGUGUAUUUGCAAUGCGCAAGUACACUUUCUGCCUGACGUGGCAGUGGCUCUAGCUCUGCUCUGGACGGCACGACUCUAGGACUCGUGUCAUUUCUUGCGUGCCCGAAGGAAAAAGGAAACUCAGACCGUCUACGCCGCUGUUUAUUAUGCCCUGCGCCUGAGACCCGGCAGACUCGAGACAAACGGACGUUUAUUUUGAUGAUCGAUUUAGUCAAUUGCAAGCCAUGAAUCCACAGUAUAUGGCUCAGCCACAGCAGCCCCAUUAUAUGGCGCCACAAGGAUAUGGUGCAUACCCUCCUCCUCUAGGAAACCAGAUGCCUCCAAGUAGUCAAGUGCCUCAACAACAAAAUCAGCCUCCUCAGAAUGGAGUGCAAUCACAAGAAUCACCGAUGAGAGAGCCCAGAGCUGAGAUGGCAUCUUUCGGCCAGCAGAAUGUAAAUGUGCCGCCAUCUUUCAAUCAGAAUUCAAACCUACCUCCUAAUAUGAAUCAAGGACAGAUGCCGUCGAUGAUGAUGCAGAAUAAGGCCCCACAACCGAACCUUCAAUCGCAAAAUAUAAACCAGAUGCCUUUGCCACAAAUGUCUCAAAACAAAUUGCCACCGACACAAAACCCUACUACUCAAAGCAUGGCUCCAUUGCAAAAUAAAAUUAUGCCACCAACCACGACCUUAGCUAACAUGAUGCCUCCCACAUCCAACCAUGAUAACAUGAUGCCCCCAAUGUCAAACCAGCCAAAUAUGAUGCCCCCAACGUCAAACCAACCAAACAUGAUGCCUCCAACUUCAAACCAACCCAACAUGGUACCCCCUACUUCAAAUCUUGCCAAUAUGCCUCCAACUUCAACUCAUGCUAAUAUGAUGCCCCCAACUUCAAAUCAUGCCAAUAUGCCUCCAACUUCGACUCCUGCUAAUAUGAUGCCCCCAACUUUAAAUCAUGCCAACAUGCCUCCAACUUCAACUCCUGCUAAUAUGAUGCCCCCAGCUUCAAAUCAUGCCAACAUGCCACCAACUUCGACUCCUGCUAAUAUGAUGUCUCCGACUUCAAACCAUGCCAAUAUGCCUCCAACUACGACUCCUGCCAAUGUUAUGUCUCCAACUUCAAACCACGGCAACAUGAUGCCUCCUUCUUCAAAUCGUGGUAUGAUGCCACCGAAUUUGGCCACUGGCAAUAUGAUGGCACCUACAUCAAAUUAUGGUAUGAUGCCACCUACUUCAACCCACGCUAGCAUGAUGCCUCCUGGGCCCCUACAUAAUAACAUGGGCCCACCAAUGAACUUAGGACCUCAAAAAAAUGUGGCACCUCAAAAUAACAUGGGCCCACAAAUGAACUUAGGACAUCAAAAUAACAUGGCUCCUCCAAUGAACACUGGUCCACCACAACUAGGCAUGCCAAUGCCAACGCAAAACCAUCUGGUUAAAAACAUGGCCAACAUGAAUCUAAACGGACCCCAACCAAUGCAGCCAACCCAGCAAAUGAAUCCAAUGGGUAUGAAGUCCCCAAUGCAGAAUUAUCCAAGCCAUGGUUAUCCAAUGAUAAACGGAGGCCCUGGCCAAAUGCAUGGAAAUGGAAUGCCUGAUCCAAACAGUACAGCAAAACCGAACAUGCCACCAUCUAUGCACCAGCAGCCUGGGCAUCCUCCCAUGAUGCCUAACCAGCAAGCGGCAUACCACGGAGCCUCAUCACCCGGUUCUUACCCACCACCACAACCAGGCUAUCACCAGCAAGGACAACAUCCCUAUCCAGCAGCCCAGCCGAGUUAUCCCGACCAACAACAACCUCAAAAAAGGCUAGACCCAGAUUUAAUGCCAAGUCCUAUGCAAGUGAUGGAAGAAGACCAACGGACCAAAUCAGGGAUAUUUUAUACCAAUCAGAAGGGUCAAGUUCCUCCACUCGUGACAACAGAUUUUAUCGUUAAUGACCAAGGCAACGCAAGCCCGAGAUUCAUCCGCUCCACUAUGUACAACAUUCCAAUCAGCGCUGAUCUUAUCAAGCAGACUGCUGUGCCUUUUGGUCUUGUCAUCAGCCCGAUGGCUGACGUGAUGGAGGAAGAACAGUUGCCUCCUCUGGUAGAUUUCGGUGAAAUUGGCCCUGUCAGGUGCAUCAGGUGUAAGGCAUAUAUGUGUCCAAACAUGCAGUUCUUUGAUGGUGGGAGGCGUUUUCACUGCCUACUUUGUACUGCUUCGACUGAAGUGCCUGAGGAAUAUUUCCAACAUUUGGACCAUACUGGAUUAAGGGUGGAUAGAUUUGAAAGGGCUGAACUAAUUCUUGGGACUUAUGAUAUUAUCGCCACCAAAGAAUAUUGUCGUGAAAAUGUACCACCCAAGCCCCCUGCUCUAAUUUUUUUAAUUGACGUAUCUUACAAUAAUGUGAAAUCCGGCCUGGUCUCGCUUAUAUGCAGCCAGAUGAAAUCGUUCUUGCAAUGCCUACCAAAAGAGCGCGGCCAAGAAAAAUCAUCGUUGAAAGUUGGAUUCAUCACAUACAACAGUUCUGUUCAUUUUUACAAUAUUAAACCAACACUCGGCCAGCCACAGAUGUUGAUCGUGGGAGACACUCAAGAAAUGUUCAUGCCUUUGUUGGACGGCUCUUUAGCAGAUGCACAGGAAUCGGAAAGCUUGAUCGACACACUGAUGCAGCAGAUUCCAGCUAUGUUUGCCGACACAAAAGAAACCGAAACAAUUUUAGGCCCUGCUAUUCAAGCUGGACUUGAAGUCCUUAAAGCUUCUAAUUGUGCUGGAAAACUUCUUGUUUUCCACUCUUCGCUGCCUACUUGUGAAGCUCCUGGAAAAUUAAAAAAUAGGGAUGACAGAAAAUUACUCGGCACUGACAAAGAAAAGACAGUAUUAACACCACAGAAUACGUUUUACAACAAUUUAGGGCAGGAGUGUGUGGCAGCUGGCUGCAGUGUUGACUUAUUUGCUCUCUACAACUCGUACAUCGACCUUGCAACAAUCGGUCAAGUUUGUAGGUUGACAGGAGGAGAGGUUUAUAAGUAUGCCUACUUUCAGGCUGAUCUAGAUGGCGAAAGACUGGUGGCAGAUGUAGAAAAGGAUAUCAGGCGAUUAUGUGCAUUCGAUGCAAUCAUGAGGGUCAGGACGUCAACGGGUGUCCGUCCAACGGAUUUCUAUGGCCAUUUUUACAUGUCGAAUACAACUGAUAUCGAAUUGGCAUGUAUCGACCCCGAUAAGGCUGUGGCAGUAGAGAUCAAACAUGACGACAAAUUACCUGAAGAUUCAACAGUGUACAUACAAACUGCUCUCUUGUACACAUCCCUUACCGGCCAAAGAAGGAUACGAAUAAUCAAUUUGGCGUUAAAGACUUGUUCCCAGAUGUCGGAUAUUUACAAGACCUGCGAACUCGACACGAUAAUGAACUUCUUUUUUAAACAAUCUGUGGUCAAAAUUCUGGAUACACCAGCAAGGGUGGUUAAAGACAACCUUGUUACGGUAUCGGCCCAAAUUUUAGCAUGUUACCGUAAAAAUUGUGCUUCGCCAACAUCAGCUGGCCAACUUAUUCUUCCUGAAUGUAUGAAACUCUUGCCAGUGUAUAUGAAUUCCCUUCUUAAGAGCGAUCCUUUAUCUGGAGGAUCGGAUAUGACUGUCGAUGACAGGUGGUAUGUUAUGGCUGCUGUCCUAACAAUGGACAUUUAUUCUUCCUUGUUGUACUACUAUCCAAGGCUUCUACCUUUGCAUGAAAUGGAUGAUGAAUUUCCAAUGGCAAUUCGCUGCUCAGCAAACAAGAUGGAAGAUAAGGGUGUUUAUUUGUUGGAAAAUGGAAUCUACAUGUUCCUUUGGUUGGGUCUCUUGGUGCCUUCUGAAUGGGUAAUGGCCGUUUUUGGCGUGCCCAGUACUGCUCAAGUAGAUACAGAUAAGAAUAGACUUCCAGUAUUGAAUAACCCUCUUAAUGAAAAAAUCAGAGGCAUCGUAAAUACAAUUAACGCUGGGAGACAUCGUACCAUGAGGCUAACCCUUGUUCGCCAAGGAGAUAAAAUGGAAUUGGUUAUGAAACACUUUUUGGUGGAAGACAAAGGACUUGACAAUUCUUCAUCUUACGUUGAUUUCUUAUGUCAUUUACAUAAAGAAAUACGAAGUCAAGUGAGUUAGCACCAGUUAUACUAUUAGGUGUCAUCCAAAAGAAAAAAUACAAAAAAA